AUGAGCUUCUCUGUGGUGCUCAUCACGGAUUGCUUCACAAAGCAUCUCCACAGUAUCCUGGAGGAAUGCGAGGGUGGAACUAUUCCCAUCUUACAGUGGGAAGCUGAGGCAGAGCCUGAAUGGAACGGCAUUCUUCUGGACAAGCUGUCCAGCUGUGGGAUGAGCGGGUUCAGGGUGCACUGGGUGAAGAACUGGCUGAAGGGCGGGGUUCAAAGGGUUGUAGCGAACGGGCCUACAUCUGGCUGGCAACCGGUCACCAGCAGUGUUCCUCAGGGUUCAAUUCUAGGGCCAGUUCUGGUCAAUGUAUUUAUCGAUGAUCUGGAUGCAGCAGUUGAAUGCACCGUUAGCAAGUUUGCCGAUGAUACCAAACUGGGAGGAGACCCCAGCGACACUGAUGGCAUUAGUAGCCCAAGCCGAGGGGUCUGCACUUCAUCCGGAUCGGAAAGCCAAAAGAAGAGGCGGGGGGACAUCUCUUCUGUUUGGGAAAAUGAACAAAAUCUAUUUCUUCUAAAGAUCCUAAGGAAGAGGGACCAGAGGCAAGUAACUUCUCAGGGUGCUGAUAAUCUUGUGCCCUCCUCCACCCCAUCCUAUUUAAACCCCUUCAGCCUGCGUGGUGUCCUGCAGACGGCUGCCCUCUUGGCGGGCCAGCCUGUAGCCACCCAGCUUCUCAAAGCAGUGGCUGUAGGUCCACUGGCCUUCUUUCCUCAGUGGAAGCUGAAACAUUAUGAUGUUAUUGUAGGUGUUUUGUCAGCUCGACACAAUCAUGAACUGCGCAGUGUUAUAAGGAACACUUGGUUCAAGCACCUGAAACAACAUCCUGCGCUGAGCCAACGUGUCCUUGUGAAGUUUAUAAUAGGUGCACAUGGUUGUGCUGUGCCAGUGGAGGACAGAGAAGACCCCUACUCCUGCAAACUUCUGAACAUCAGUAACCCAGUUUUGAAUCAGGAAAUUGAAGCAUUCAGUCUCCCUGAGGAUGUACCUUCUGUGCUAUCUGAAGACAGAAUUGUCAGUGUGAACUUCCGUGUACUUUACCCCAUUGUCAUUACCAGUCUUGGGGUAUUUUAUGAGGCUGAUGGGGUGGGAUUCCAGAGGAACAUCACUGUAAAACUGUACCAGGCAGAACAUGAGGAAGCUCUCUUCAGUGCUCGCUUUAGUCCACCAAGCUGUGGAGUGCAAGUGAACAGGUUGUGGUACAAGCCAGUAGAGCAGUUCAUUUUGCCAGAGAGUUUUGAAGGUACCAUUGUGUGGGAAAGCCAGGAUCUUCAGGGCCUUGUUUCAAGAAACCUUCAUAAAGUGAUGGUGAAUGAUGGAGGGGGUGUUUUCAGAGUCAUUACAGCAGGGGAAGGGUCGCUGCCACAUGAACUCACAGAAGGUGUGGAGGGAAUAGCAGGUGGUUUUAUCUACACUAUUCAAGAAGGUGAUGCUCUUUUAAAAAGCCUCCAUACUCGCCCAGAAAGGUUUACAAGUCACAUAAAAAAUCUUGAAAAAGAAGAUGCUUUAUUGAAGGAAGAAAGCAGUACCUAUGACGAUAUUGUUUUUGUAGAUGUUAUUGACACUUACAGAAAUGUUCCAGCCAAACUACUGAACUUCUACCGAUGGACUGUUGAGUCAACGAGUUUUGAUUUGUUGCUGAAGACAGAUGAUGACUGUUACAUUGAUUUGGAGGCUGUUUUUAACAGGAUAAUGCAGAAAAAAUUGGACAGGCCAAACAUUUGGUGGGGAAAUUUCAGACUAAAUUGGGCAGUUGAUCGAACUGGGAAAUGGCAAGAGCUGGAGUACCCAAGUCCUGCAUAUCCAGCCUUUGCUUGUGGGUCUGGCUACAUCAUCUCCAAAGACAUUGUUCAGUGGCUGGCAAGCAACUCUGAAAGAUUAAAGACGUACCAGGGUGAGGAUGUGAGUAUGGGCAUCUGGAUGGCAGCUGUAGGACCCAAGCGAUAUCAAGAUAGUCUCUGGUUGUGUGAGAAGACGUGUGAGAGUGGAAUGCUGUCUUCCCCCCAGUAUUCUCCACAGGAACUGAGAGAGCUCUGGAGAUUAAAGGAACUCUGUGGAGAUCCUUGUAGAUGUGAGGAAAGAUGAUGGACUUGCCUUGGAAAACAGAGUAGUGUAUAAUGAUCAUGGAAAAGUGUACACUUGGAUUCGUUCUCGGAACAAUAAGGAAUAUUAAGGUAUCUUUUCGUGUUGGGUUUCAACUAAAGUAUAACAAUAUUUGCACACCCCUUUUGAUAAUUACAAGCGGACUGAUACUAUUCGUUUUCUAUAGUAUAGAUGUUGAUCUGACAAAACCCAAAAUGUUUAAGAUAAAAAAUUUCCUUUUUAUAUAAAGUCAAAGACCUACUUGUAAUUAAUAAAUGCACAUAAGAAUGC